AUGAACAACUUUAUCCUCCUAGAAGAACAGCUCAUCAAGAAAUCCCAACAAAAGAGAAGAACUUCUCCCUCGAACUUUAAAGUCCGCUUCUUUGUUUUAACCAAAACCAGCCUGGCAUACUUUGAGGACCGUCAUGGGAAAAAGCGCACAUUGAAGGGCUCCAUUGAACUCUCCAGAAUCAAAUGUGUUGAGAUUGUGAAAAGUGACAUAAGCAUCCCUUGCCACUAUAAAUAUCCUUUUCAGGUUGUGCAUGACAACUACCUCCUGUAUGUGUUUGCUCCAGACCGCGAGAGCCGGCAGCGCUGGGUGUUGGCCCUUAAAGAAGAAACAAGGAAUAAUAACAGUUUGGUACCCAAGUAUCACCCUAAUUUCUGGAUGGACGGGAGGUGGAGGUGCUGUGCCCAGCUGGAGAAGCUUGCAGUGGGCUGUGCCCAGUACGAUCCAACCAAGAAUGCUUCAAAGAAGCCUCUUCCUCCUACUCCUGAAGACAACAGGGUGAGUGAGCGGUCACUUCACGAACAUGAAGAAACCCUGGUCAUUGCCUUGUAUGACUACCAAGCAAACGAUCCUCAGGAACUGACGCUACAGCGCAACGAGGAGUACUACCUGCUAGACAGCUCUGAGAUUCACUGGUGGAGGGUUCAAGACAAGAACGGGCAUGAAGGAUAUGUACCAAGCAGUUAUCUGGUGGAGAAAUCUGCAAAUAACCUGGAAACCUAUGAGUGGUACAAUAAGAGUAUCAGCCGAGACAAAGCUGAGAAACUUCUUUUGGACACAGGCAAAGAAGGAGCCUUCAUGGUACGAGAUUCCAGGACUCCAGGAACGUACACCUUGUCUGUCUUCACCAAAGCCAUCGUAAGUGAGAACAACCCCUGUAUAAAGCACUAUCACAUCAAAGAAACAAAUGACAACCCCAAGCGAUACUAUGUGGCUGAGAAGUAUGUGUUUGAUUCCAUCCCUCUCCUCAUCAACUAUCACCAGCACAACGGAGGCGGCCUGGUCACUCGGCUUCGCUACCCGGUUUGUUCCUGGAGACAGAAGGCCCCCGUCACAGCAGGGCUGAGAUACGGGAAAUGGGUGAUCCAUCCCUCGGAGCUCACUUUUGUGCAGGAGAUUGGCAGCGGGCAGUUCGGAUUGGUGCAUCUUGGCUACUGGCUCAACAAGGACAAGGUGGCCAUCAAAACCAUUCAGGAAGGAGCUAUGUCAGAAGAGGACUUCAUAGAGGAGGCUGAAGUCAUGAUGAAACUCUCGCACCCCAAACUGGUCCAGCUGUAUGGGGUGUGCCUGGAGCAGGCCCCCAUCUGUCUCGUGUUUGAGUUCAUGGAGCACGGCUGCCUGUCCGAUUACCUGCGCAGCCAGCGGGGGCUCUUCGCUGCGGAGACCCUGCUGGGCAUGUGCCUGGACGUGUGCGAGGGCAUGGCCUACCUGGAGGAGGCGUGUGUCAUCCACAGAGACCUGGCUGCCCGAAAUUGUUUAGUGGGAGAAAACCAAGUCAUCAAGGUGUCGGACUUCGGGAUGACAAGGUUUGUCCUUGAUGAUCAAUACACCAGCUCCACAGGCACCAAGUUCCCGGUGAAGUGGGCAUCCCCGGAAGUCUUCUCCUUCAGUCGCUAUAGUAGCAAGUCGGAUGUGUGGUCCUUUGGUGUGCUGAUGUGGGAAGUCUUCAGUGAAGGCAAAAUCCCAUAUGAAAACCGAAGCAACUCAGAGGUGGUGGAAGACAUCACUACUGGAUUUCGUUUAUACAAGCCCCGGCUGGCCUCCUCGCAUAUCUACCAGAUCAUGAAUCAUUGCUGGAAAGAGAAACCAGAAGACCGGCCGCCUUUCUCCAGACUCUUGAGUCAACUGGGUGAACUUGCAGAAUCAGGACUUUAG